AUGAUUAAACAAAAAAUUGCGUCUAUUGCAAAUGUAAUAAUAAGCGUGUGUUGGCUGUCGGGAAGUUUCAUCGGUUUCCUGCCGGUAAUGGGCUGGUACCAAGAAGUGGAAGGCGAUUUCCAAUGUCUCUUCUUGAAGGUGAUGGAUCCUAAAUACUUGGUAUUUCUGUAUUUCGUUACGAUCCUAACACCCGCCCUACUGAUGGCCGCAUCAUACAUCCACAUCUAUAGAGUGGUCUUGAAGCAGGUGCGACAAAUUGUCACAAUGAAUCCAGAAAAGGGCACCGCAAAGUCAGGCCGUUCACACGGAGGCACAAUGUUAAGGGUACUAGGACCGCAACAGAAGAAAGAAGUAAAGGCGACUCAAAACCUCUCAAUCAUAGUCUUAUUCUUCAUGAUCUGCUGGAUUCCGCUAUACACCAUCAACUUCAUCCUAUCAUUCUGCGCGGAUUGCUUCCAGGCCAACGAGAACAUAAUGUUAUUCUGCAUCAUCCUCUCCCAUGCCAACUCCGCCGGAAACCCGCUACUGUACGCGUACCACCUGCGCGAUUUUCGAUCGGCAUUGAAGCACUUCUUGUGCCAGCUUUUCAGGAUCGGAAACGCGAGCAAUUCGUCAUCAGGUCUCACCGGCCGCCACUCCUCCAACCAAGCGUACCAGCAGUACCACGGGCAUAGUCGGUUCACGUCCCAGCGACGGGAUGUCAUGGCCUCCUUGGCAUCGCAAUCUUACGGGGGAUCGCAGUUGUCGCUGAACCACGAGCCGCAUACGAUGACCACGCCGAUUUCGGCGAUCGUUACCCAAACGGCCGCGCUCGCAGCCGCUCCCACGGGUAACUCGCGAGAAAUCUGGAGAAUAUCCGAGGUGCCGUCGAUUUCCGAGGAGUACUCUAGAGAUAAGAUUUCCUUGCAUGAAUGUAGCAAAGCUUCAAAUGAUAGCGAGAGUAUCUUAAAGAGGCGAAUUAGCGAAACCAGCGGUGUCGGUAAUAGCUGCUUCAAAGCCGAGUACGUUGAGGGCGAAGACGACGUUUUCUUCGAGGAAUGCCGACACUCCCAUUGCAUAUCGAAGUAUGAGGGCUCGAAUGAAAGUUUAAGUGACGAUAUGAAAAUGGCCCCCUUAGAGAAGGUACGAAACGCGUGCAUCUCGUCGUCUUCGCCCCAAUUAGAGCGCGGAGUGUUCGUUGUUGAAGCCGAAGUUAACAACGACGUCCAUCCCAAGACUUUUUUGCGAAGCAGUAGUGCGGUCGAGAGCAAGAAGAAUUCCAAGCAUAGUCCGAACGGCGACUGUUUGCCAAGUCCGGUGAAAAUAAAGUUGAGUCCUCUAAAGACAGUGGGUGAAUUUCUAUUUCAUAGUGGCAGUAAGAGGGCGAAAAAUGUAAAUGUUCAAAACGGAAGUGAAAGCGGAGGUGCCAUUCCCGAUACGUUCUUGAGGAAAGAAAACAGUAUAGGUGUUAAUUAAUGAUUCGCUUACCAUUUUUUUAUACUCGUUGCAAUGUAAUUUUUUGUAAUCACAUGUCUCAUACUUCACGUGUAAA